CAGCGUUGAACACUUGAACCAGAUCUCGCCACCGCGUCCAUGGCGUCGCAUCGCCGCCUCCGCCUCCUUUUGCUCGCGGCGACGCUCGCCGCCGCCGCCGCUGCCGUAGCCGGUGUGGAAGAAGAAGAGGCGUUCUGCGGAGUGGAGUCCAUGCCGGACGCGGCCACGCUGAGGCCGGACCGGCUCACGGUGCUCCUGAGCGGCUACUCGGAGCGGCGGCUCCCGCUGCUCCGCGCCAUCGCCGGAGCGUACGCCGCCCACCCGCUCGUCCUCGCCGUCGUCGUGCUCUGGUCCAACCCCUCCACACCGGACAGCCUCCUGUCAAGCUUCCCGCCGGCCGUCACCCUCCACCGCACCGCCUCCGCCUCCCUCAACUCCCGCUUCCUCCCGCACCCGUCCAUCCGCACCGCCGCCGUGGCCGUCGCCGACGACGACGUGCUCCCGGACGCCGCCGCGCUCUCCUUCGCGUUCGCCGCCUGGCAGCAGCGCGCCCGCCCGGGCACCCUCGUCGGGUUCUUCCCGAGGUCCCACCACCUCGACCUGGCCCGCGGGAGGUGGGCGUACGGCGCGGCGGCGCGGCAGCAGGCGCGCUACUCCAUGGUGCUCACCAAGCUCCUCGUCCUCGGCGCGGGCCUCCUCCGCGAGUACUCCUGCUCGCCGGAGCUCGCCGCGGCGCGCGCCGUGGUGGACCGGGAGCGCAACUGCGAGGACAUCCUGAUGAACUUCGUCGCCGCCGAGGAGUCCGGCGAGGGGCCGGUGCUGGUGGAGGCCGGCAGCAUCAGAGACUGGGGCGACCCGAGGAACGACGAUGCCGACGCCGGCGCCGGCGCCGGUGGCGAGGAGAUGAAGGCCGUCGGCCUGAGCUCGACGGGGGGCGCGGCGCACUGGGAGAAGAGAGGGGAUUGCAUCACGGAGUUCCACCGGCUGCUGGGAAGGAUGCCGCUCCGGUACAGCUACGGGAAGGUGGUGGCGGCGGCCGGCGGCGAGCAGGCGCUGUGCAGCAAACGCGGCCGCCUCGUCCGGUGUGACCAGGAGUAGCUCUGACACGAUGAGUCUUCCCUGAUUAUCACUGUAAAUUCUGAAAACUUGCAGAUAUUGGUAAAUUUAAUUCAGAGGAAAUCCAGGUUUAAAACAGUAGUGGAGUAUAAAUUGUAGUAUGUUCUAUAGAAACCAAAUUUACA